UGGUCCAUGGUCACAAAUAUAUUUGGUUAUGCAAAGCAUACUAGAUGAUGUGGCCCUAAAAUAUGAAACAAAUUUAAAAUGCACACAUAUAAUGCAUGAUAUUAUGACUGCUUUUGUGUGAACUGAAUUUACCACAGGUCAUGCAGUUAGUAUGGGAAUGUUGUUGACAUGGGCCACAUUAAACAUUUAGAUGCAACAUGAGCAUGGUGAAACAGUACGAAAGCGAGACUGAGAGAGCGAGCGUGCGUUCACUGCCCAUCCAGGAGCUCAGAUAAAGCAGACAGUGUGUACGUGUGUCCAAUCUGAAACAGGUUUUCCCACAAUAGGAACUCUCCACCCCAUCCUGCUUGGACUUUAAAAGCCCAGCCUCUCUACAGAGAGACACCCGUUUCGCUCAGGUCUGCCCACCUGUUCUCAUCUUCUGCUGCAGCUCUACACGGUUUCUCUUGUCCAACCAUGAGUCUGAGAAGCAAGCGCAUCAGUUCCAGCAGCUCUGUGAGGAGCAGUGGGAAAAUGGGAGGCUACGGCUACAGCAGUUUGAGUGGGAUCUCCUUGGGAGCAUCUGCCCCGAGCUUUAGCACCAGCUCAGCCUAUCUGGGGCCUCCUAUCGCUAGCGUCUCUGUCAACAAGAGCCUGUUGGCGCCCCUCAACUUGGAGAUCGACCCCAACAUCCAAAUGGUGCGCACUCAUGAGAAGGAGCAGAUCAAGUCGCUGAACAACCGCUUUGCCACCUUCAUCGAUAAGGUGCGCUUCCUGGAGCAGCAGAAUAAGAUGCUGGAGACCAAGUUUGAGCUGCUGCAGGGCCAGACCCCUGGCCGGUCCAACGUUGAGCCCAUGUUUGAGGCUUACAUGGCUAACUUGCGCAGACAGAUGGACGUGGUCAACAAUGACAGGACCAAGCUGGAUGGAGAGCUGAGAAACAUGCAGGGACUGGUGGAGGACUUCAAACACAAAUAUGAAGAUGAGAUCAACAAAAGGAACAACCUGGAGAACGACUUUGUGAUUCUGAAAAAGGAUGUAGAUUCUGCGUAUCUGGUGAAAGCUGAUUUGGAGGACAAAGUUGGUGCCCUGACUGAUGAGAUCAACUUCCUGAGGACCAUCUACGAUGAGGAAUUGCGUGAGCUGCAGGCCAGCAUUAAAGAUACAUCCGUCAUUGUGCAAAUGGACAACUCCCGAAACCUCAACAUGGAUCAUAUUGUGGCCGAAGUCAAGGCUCAAUACGAGGAGAUCGCAGCCAAGAGCCGCGAAGAGGCUGAAUCCUGGUACAAGUCCAAGAACUUCAUAAAGAGCUUUCAUUUUGGAAUGGACAUCAAGCAAUCAGGUGUACUGAUCGUUUUUCCAUCUCAUGCUGCUCAGUUCGAUCAGAUGUCCUCUCAAGCCAUUCAGUACAACGACGAACUGCGAAACACUAAAGGAGAGAUUGCAGAUAUCAACCGCAUGAUCAGCCGUCUGCAGAGCGAGAUCGAGGUUAUUAAAUCACAGCGUGCUAACCUGGAGAACCAGAUAGCGGAGGCCGAGGAUCGUGGCGAGCUGACUGUGAAGGAGGCCAAAGGUCGUAUUAAGGACUUGGAGGACGCGCUUCAGAGAGCCAAGCAAGACAUGGCCCGCCAGCUCCGCGAGUACCAGGAGCUCAUGAAUGUCAAGUUGGCACUGGACAUCGAAAUCGCCACCUACAGGAAGCUGCUGGAAGGCGAGGAGGACAGAAUCGGACAGCAGCCCAUUGUGAACAUCCAGGCUGUUUCCAACUACAGUUCCAAAGGGGUGAAUGGUUUUCAGCAGAACAGCUCUCCAUCACCUAAAAUCCUGAUCAAGACUACUGAAACCAGAAACAACACCAGAUUCAGCACUCACUGAAGUGUUAACCAUUAUCAAAAAUGCUAUACCUAUGACAGUUAACAUUAAAAGUAGAAGUAGUUUUCUUUUGACUUUCUAUGGAUCAAUGGGAAGAAUCUGAAAUUAAUUUUCUGAAGGAACAAAAACCUUGUGUUUCAUUGAAAUACUAUAUAUAUUCAAUAUAAAUACUCACAAAUUAAAUGACUACAUAAAAUGAAAUUAUGGAAUGAUUUAUUCUACAGAAUUCAACAUUUUUAUUUUUGAAAAGGAUAAAGCUUGCACAUGAUUGCAAUACAACUAACACUUUUAAAAAUGUAUCCCCCCCCCUCCCCUUCAGUCUGCAUUUGAUUAUUUACUUGUUAUUUUGGACUA